CUCUUUCUACCGUUCAGUCAAGUCAAAUUCCCUUUUAUUCUUUUUUCUGUCUUUUGGCCAUCAGCGUUGAGCCAUUCUGCAUCUGCCAUUCUCUUUUUCUCCAUUGGCCACAAACGCUUAACCGUUGACAGUCCGGUUUCAACAGUGCGCUCUCUUCUUUCCUAUUCUUUGUACUCACUCUCUUAAUCCUUGAUACAGUUUAUAGCAGCGAUGGAACACGACGAGCUGAACGACAACAACCUCAGCGCACACACCCAAGCACUUCAGCGCCGCGAUUCUAAUACUAUCAGAUACUUUCUGAGCAGACUUGACCCUACCUGUCCACCCGAUCUGCCGCCCAGUCCACGCGUCGUGGAAACCCAUGACGAGACUGGCUCUGACAGCGCAAGCACUUUUUCCGGCACCAACAGCAACCCAACGAGUCAGCACUCUAGCCUCGCCGAUCGCCAUCGGGCGACUUACGGGGUCAAGACUUCUCUCUGGACAGUGAAGCAGAAGCCAGAUCAGGAGCCGGGAUUCAUUCAGCGACCCAAGACCUUGGACAGGACCAAGAUGAAGGACCUGGAGGAAGCUAAUGCCAGUCAGACGAAGCAAAGCUCCUCCGUUCAGCAUCCUGAACCUUCCCGCGCCACCAAGACACUCCCCCAUAUGAGAGUGCGCUGGAUCCAGGACCAAGGGUUAGACGACCAUGACAAAAUUGUCCGCAAAGAAAAGACCAGCAAGAGAUACAACCCAUACCACCGCGAGCUUGGAACUGUAGAAUCAAAGAAACCGUACAGUGUCAAGGUCCAUGUGCGUCGCGGGGAUACCGAGUAUACAGGAAGAGCCAACAAGAGAGAAACAACAGGUUCUAAUAAAGGACGCCAGAUCCUAACUCAAGGCUCAUUGAUUAUGAACCAAUUCGUGUCGCCGAACGUGUCAAGAGAGAGGAUCACUAUACACGAUAAAUCUGGCCGUCUGGGAAUCUUCAAGAAGGGCAAGGCGUCGCAAAGAACAUCUGUGGAAAAAGGAACUGGGUUUUCGGAAGCAGCCUUUCUUAACCCAAAAGCACACUCUUGCGGCAAUAAUCAUGACCAAGAGGACGUCGUAGAAUCAGCCUACUUCACUUCCAUGAAAAGCGUAUACCAUCCUUCCGGUCCUAAUCGCCCUGAGCAGGACAGUGAAGGGAACAAUGCCACGACGAACCACGAAAGCGAUCAUUCCAAGUGCAGUUUAAAACAACGAAAGAGGAGGAAUAAACGUCGUCAAUCGAGUCGCAGCAGAAAUACGCCUUUGGUCAUCUCCAAGGACGAGUCAGACGAGAGGAGUCGUUCGCCGUCAACUAAGCCGCUGAGGAAGCCGGAAACACCUGCUAAAGAUUCAAGGAUGAGCGCACGCCCGAGAUCAAAUUGCUCGGAGAAUUCUCCAGAACUCUCAGUUGAAGCUGUGCUCGAGGAUCUAUUGAAAUAUGAUACGGCGGCGGCGACCAGACCUGGCCAAGAUGCGUAUUCGAUACAACAGCUAGAAGGCGAACUCCUUUAUUGUCCUGUUGCCGAUCAACCAAUACUGUCUAUUCAGCCUACGGCAGACAACCUUCAGUAUUUUACAGAAACUGCCAUACCUAUCAACUGUAACGCCGAGCCACAGCUUCAAGAUAUGUAUCUCUCUCAGGAGGAGUUACUGCAAUACUAUCAAGCCAACGCCGUAGCUGUUUAUGACUAUUGGAGGGAUCCAUACAACUACACAUACGUCGCCACGAGUGACCCAUACAUAGAAAAUCGGCAGGCACAUCUGGAGCGACAAUAUGUGGAUAAUGUCGACGACGACGCAGCAGAGAUUAACCCCUCAGAAUUGGAUAUAUUGAAUACAUCUCUGCUGACUCUUGGUUCAUCCUCGCCGCGGGCUCAUUUUCAAUGGCGACCUCAUAGACUCUACUAGUUGCCCUUCAGACGCGCUAUGAAUAAAGGUCUAGAAACCGCACGUGACCAUAGGACCAAAUCAAAACAGUGCUUAGGCUGUCACAUUGGCUACUCAAAAAAAGAAGCAC